AUGAGAAACCACACAGAAGUACCAGACUUUAUCCUCCUGGGGUUGUCAGAUGAUCCAAAGCUACAGGUCAUCAUCUUUGUCUUCCUCUUCAUCACCUACAUGCUCAGCGUUACUGGGAACCUGACCAUCAUCUCCCUCACCCUGCUGGAUUCCCGCCUGCAGACCCCCAUGUACUUCUUCCUCAGGAAUUUCUCCAUCUUGGAAGUCUCAUUUACAACAGUCAGUAUACCCAGGUUCCUGAGCACCAUUGUGACAGGGAAUAAAACCAUUUCUUUCAAUGACUGCAUGGCACAGUUAUUCUUUUUUAUUCUCCUGGGAGUCACUGAAUUUUACCUCCUGGCUGCCAUGUCCUAUGAUCGUUACGUUGCCAUCUGCAAACCGCUGCACUACACGACCAUCAUGAAUCGCAAAGUGUGCACACUGCUUGUCCUGUCUUCUUGGCUGGUUUCAUUCUUAAUUAUUUUCCCUGCUCUCAUGUUGCUCCUGAGGCUUGAUUACUGCAGAUCCAAUGUGAUUGACCAUUUCACCUGCGAUUACUCUCCCCUGUUGCAACUUUCUUGCUCAGACACAAAAUUCCUGGAGAUCUUGGGGUUCUCUUGCGCUGUGUUUACUCUGAUGUUCACUUUGGCUUUAAUAUUUCUCUCCUACAUAUACAUCAUCAGGACGAUUCUGAGGAUUCCUUCCACCUCCCAGAGGACAAAGGCCUUCUCCACAUGCUCCUCCCACAUGAUUGUCAUCUCCAUCUCUUAUGGGAGCUGCAUUUUCAUGUACAUUAAGCCCUCGGCACAAGAGAGAGUAUCCUUGAGCAAGGGAGUUGCUGUGCUGAACACCUCAGUAGCUCCCAUGCUGAACCCCUUUAUCUACAGCCUUAGGAAUCAGCAAGUCAAGCAGGCCUUCAUGAACAUGGCGUGGAAAACUGUAUUUUCCACAAGUACAUGA